AGUGUGUGUGUGAGCGCGAAACCGUAAUUGUAGCCGGCAUCGUGGUGCUGUUUUGUCCGCGUAUGUCGUGACGCGUUUAUUUUUUCUUUAGCUUUCGUUUGCAUUUAAAAUUAGCAAUAGUGCGCGGUAUUUGGGAAAAAUAUUUACUGGAUAUUAUUACAGGAUUAAAAGGAUCUGGCGCUAUUGUUUAAUUAUCAACUAUGCUCGGCAGCGUCUCUGGGCUGAAACUAGUCUCCAAUGUGUUGCCAAUUUUGGCAUUAAUUUUCGUAGCCGCGAUGCUCACCCAUAAAUUAUAUAUAACUGUGCGCUCCCGCUACAGUGCGAGCGUAAAUUGUUGGUUCUGCAAUACAAACUCGCGCGUUCCCUAUCCCGAGCGAAACAGCUGGACAUGUCGCAGAUGUGAGCAAUACAAUGGAUUUACCAAGGAUGGGGACUACAAUCGGGAUAUGAGCGCACUACAAUGCAAUCGCAGUGGAAAAUCGGACAAGAACUCAUCGCCCAGCCACAGCAGCGGUAUCGGCGUAUGCGCCAAUGCCCUUUACCCGGAGGUUUCGGCCCCGUCGGUCCAAUCAAACGGACUGUGCGACCAAUGCAACGAAGCGCAGCGUCUAAAGGUCGAAAAGCUGGCGCAGUUCGAGCCCAAGCACGAGUCGCGUUUUGAGUGGGAAAUCAAACAUUACAUAAAUGAACUAGAGAAACAAUUUCGACUAUGCGGCAGCUGUGAGAGCCACGUCAAACGCGUGCUGCGUGAGAAAAAGAAAAUGGUGCUGGGGUCCAAGUUUCUCAAUUUUAUAAUUAAAGGCGCCGAGCUGCUAAAGCAGCCCCACUUCAACCGCCUGGCGAAGGCCCAACAACAACGAAAACUACGUCUCUUCCGGCAAUCGAUGACCCUCCUCACUGUGGUUAACAUUUUUUGUCUGCUGUGCGGACUUCCACAUACCACCCGGGAACAGUUUGCCUCGAUCCUUGGCGGAACAUUGGCGAAUCCGAUUUUCAUUGGCUACUCCCAUUUUUUGGCGUUCGUGCGAGUAUUACUUUCCUAUGCGGGCACUGCUCUGGAUUACGACGCUACGAACAAACUUCUAGCCUACUCUCGCACCUUUGCCAAAAUGCUGCUCUACUCCUUGGGCCUGACACAGCCCCAGGUGCAGAAUGCCACGUUUAGCUCGUGCUUUGUCAACAUUUAUCCAUAUGUGAUGCUGGCGCUCAGUUUCCUGCACAAUAUUACCGAUCGUCUGAGGUUUUCCCGCUUCACAUUGCUGCUAGUUCUGUGGAGUAUCUAUGCGAAUGGAUCGCAAUUCCUACUGACAGCCAUGAAUAGCGUAACUUUCAUCCUGCUGGGCAGCGUUCUUACGCUCAUUCUGUUGGCCAGCAAUCGCAGCUCUAGUUGGGCGUUGAACGAAUCUGUCAGCUUUCAGAAGCUUUAUGCAGAAGAUUGCUUUAGCGACGAGGAGUCGAUCAGCAUACUGAGUGAGCAGCUCAACUGCAGCAACGCGACGAACUUGAACUCCUCAGUACAGCAGCAAAAGCAGCGCGGUUUGAAAAGCAGUCCCACAUCGGCGUAUCCAGCAAGCUGCUUUGAUGGGGUGGGAAUGUCAGAACAUGCGUCGGUGCUGUCCCUAGACGCGUUGCAUUUGUCGGAAUCGCCACUCAAGACAUUGCGCUCGCCAAUUUAUAGUCGAUCCAGCCUUGAUCUGAGAGAUCCGAUGACGGCAAACAAUCCGCCAGACUGUCCUUCGGUGCGCUCGACGAUGGUUGAGAGACCCUUUCGCGGUGAAAAUUCUUUCCGCUGGAAUUGCAAUGAGGUUGAAGAUGCGGAGCAGCGACGACAACGUCGCAUGCGGGUGCUGGACCAGCGCCUCAGAUCGCGCAUGCACAGACCGCCUGUAUUAAUGCAAUCACAUUUUAGCAGUCUGGGGCAGGAAACGAAAAGACAGGAGCAGCAACAGCAACAGCGGAUUCAUAAGGAAAUCAGCGCCUGGUUGGCCACAACAGGGCCGAUGUUCAAUGGAGAGGGCGACAACCCCAAAGCGGCGGCGGGUAAGGAUAAACUUUCGCGCACCUCAUCGCAAUCCUCGGGCUUCGAGAGUCAGGCGACACCGCGAAUGGAUACACCAGCGCCGCAGAAUUUGGGUUUCAAGCCGGUGGCCAGCAGUGGGGGCGUCUAUGGUUGGUCCACACAGCGUCAUUCAAUGCCGACAGAAUCGGGUAUUAAACCCGGCGAUCUGUUGCGUAAUUGGCUAACGCAGCAGUCAAAAAAUUAAGUGAUUGGCAAAUGUUUGUAUUUCAAAGGAUUAUCAACGUGCUUGUUAGCCUUUUAAUUUUGAAAUAGAACCCCUUUUUUAUGAUUUGACAGGCUAAAAAAUGAAAGGAAUGCAACAAUUUAGCAACAAUUCUAGAGACAAAUUAUGUAUAAAUUAUUUUAUUGUUGAAUUCUAUUACAAAUAGGCCUGCUUCAAAUAUAGAAAACCACUGCAAAUUUCCUUUAGUUGUAAUAGUUACGAUCUAAGCCUGUGGAACGGACUUGACCAAUUUAAACUUGAUAUGAUUACUGGAUGUGACUAGAUUGAAGAAAUUGAUUCACUGCCUCGAUAUGAUGACAUACAUGUAAUAUAUAAAUACAUAUAUUUAUUUUUGAAACUUCCAGUAUAUACAAAACUAUUAACAUUUAAAACAAUAAACAAAUCUUGAAACUCUGGUUGCAUGCAUUUAAACAAACGAAUUAUUUAUACUGCCGUAGCUAUAGUUGUUAUUUGAAAAGACAAAAUAUGUACCUUAAGUAAUAUGUAUUCUAGCUGGUUACACAUAUAACAAAAUAUAUAUACAUACAUAUAGUAUGGACUUCGAUUAA